GAAAACAUCAUUCUCAGAAGAAAGAGCCGCGCGGAAGACUUGCUGGAGCGACACACUUUGUCUGUACACGAGGUCGCUCGCAUGCAGCUGGACAUGGUCGUUAUAAGGAGAGGUCGCAUCGCAAGAGUUCCGGAAAGAAAAACGACUACCAAUAGCGAGGCAAUAAACCCAACAUGGAAAGGCGAAUUGUCUUCAUCGGAGGGAAGCUGCCAGGCCACGCAGGUCAUACCAUCAUGCGAGCGAUUGCAAAAUCCUGAUCCCAUGUCUCUCAGGACACCUAGGCAGACAUCACAAUGUCAGCCACGGAUCGCAGGCUGAACACCGCUUCUACGAGCUUCACAGCUCUGCGGACUGUCAGACCAGCAGCAGCAGCACUUGGAGAAUAUCGCUCGCCGCCCCUGGGGUCGCGGACUGGUACACGCAAAGAUUUCUCCGCGUAUGAGCAGCAUUCGCGCGACAAAAGCAAGUUCCGAAGCUCCAACAGGUCGUGCAUAAGCUGUGCUUUCAAGUCCUCGCCCUGCUCCGUGAUGAAUCGCUAGAUCGACGGAUGUGAUAGUUUUCGAUGUCACAGGAGAGUAUACACAAUCAGCUGGCCGUCGAUGACCUGCGGACACUGGUACAGCUAUAUCUCUUGGGGCCAUGGUGCGGUCCAGAUAUGGAAGUGCUUCCAUUCGGACCUGGACCAAGCAUGUCGCCGUUUUUGGGGUCUUAUUGCGCCUCGGACUACCGAGCUCGUGGUGCUAUCAUGCCCGGGUUGGGAUGGUAUCACAGGAAUGCGGUGCUCCGUAGUGGUACUGUCACCAACAGGGGAACGGCGAAACAGCCUGCCCCGAACGCCGCACGGGCCUCUCUGAUGCCAAGAAAUCCGACCAUAGAGAAGACUAUCAGCCAAGAAUAUGGUCAUCUUCAGCAUCCGGGCAUGCCUUCGAUCCUCAUGAAGGUAGAUACUCCAGCUCUGUCGUCGUACUUUCGACAUUGUACCGAAGAGCCUCAUCCUGCCUUGUGUAGCGACGCAAAGGGAUGUCAAGCGUCGUGCUGCUUUGUCCUGGCAAUCUUUGCCUGCCCGGUUUGCAUGUUCUUGCACAUAAACAUGCUCUCUAUCCCGCGAGAACGUAGCUCUGCCACGAAAGAUGGGCUCCAGUAUCAAGCAGUACGACUGUAUCGGAGACUCUCUAGGCCCCUGAGGCUGCUCCUGCUGAGAAAGACCUUUUCUGCGGUGCACAGGUGUACCUCAUGGACACAGGCUCGAAGCUUGAAGGACCCUCCCGUUUCAGCCUCACGCUGAGUCUGUCGUUCAUGCCUGGCUCUUCUCGAACUGUCCUCUUCUCUCAUGAUAGGGGAAACUCUACCCAGCUCGCCCGCCAGAUGUAGGAUCUGCUCUUGAGGGCGCGAUCCUUGGAGUACCAUGCUCCCUCGAACAGAUACUGGCACCGAUUUCUCCGUCCCAGUGUCCCCUCCAGCGGCGCUUAUGAGCCAUUGGUGUCCCGAGAGCCCUUUGAGGCAGAGUCACCAUCAUCACCUAUCUGUAGGGGCUUGCGAUUUCUGUGUGCUCUUCAUCUUUCCUCGCUGGGUCCCGCAUGAUCCUCCCUGCUCUUUCUCGCCCGUGGCAGCUUCAAUUGUGGCGAGCUCACUGGGUUGGCAGAUGCGAUGGCGUGCGCAUUCUCUCCGCGGCGGGCGGCUUUGGCAUUGCGCAAGCUCGUCGUGAUGCUGGCAUAAGAGUGACAUUCCCAUGUACAGCUUGCUGAGGUCGUAUGGGGGCUUUCUGUCCUUGGCUGGUCGUUAUUCUGGUAUUGCCCAUGGCUGCUGGAGUACACGAGGCCUUCGUAUCUUGGACAAACCGAAUGGCUGUGCUGAUGCGACGGUGCCCGCAACCGAAGAUACUUGAUCCACAUGAGACGGUCAUGUUGUGUGGAUGCAGUCUCAAGCCUCGUGGAGCGCGUGCUCUUGAAGGCGUAGUCAGUUGCUCACUGAGGACGGUCUGUGAGGGCGGCCCAGCGGGCUCGACGUGGGCCUUGAUACUCAUCUCCAUGCAGCUGUGGCAGUGACUGGUAUGAUGAAAAGAAUGUAUGCUCAACAGAUGUCGUGCCGGUAUGAAUUCUGGACCGCCAACAUGAUUUUGGUGAGCAAUCUUGAUCUUGCCGGCCACUGGCAUCAUCACUGCAAUUGAAGGUGAAGGAUGUACAGAGGUGGCGGCGAAUGCAGACACGAGUGAUCAUGUCUGCAUAGAUUGAAGAACCUCGCAACAAACAACUACAACUGGAGAAGGAAGAGAAGGAGGCCGAGGAGCGAGGAGAGGCCAUUUUCAAGCAAUUUUGAGCAGUAGUGCCUGCCCACCCCAGAAAUAACAAACGCGGAAGCAGCAUCGGGCGCAAACAAAACACUCUCGCACACAAUGCGAAAUUCUCGGCGACGAGGAAAUUACGGCGAUGAGACAGCAGUAUAAGGACGGCAAAGGCCUCGAGAUGGUGGCGAUGAUGAUGAUGAAGCCUCUUCUCCAAGCAGCUGCUGAGACAGCAACUGCAAUGAUGAAAGGAUUUCGGGCCUACCCAAAGACAGCCGACGACAAUAAGAGUCGCCGACGAGUGUCGAUGGCAUGGCCCUUUCGAUCUAUGCAGUUCACUGCAAAGCCAAUCACUUCAUUGAGAGGAAGGAUGGGGUAGGCAGUGAAGGCAACAAAUGAAUCCCCCAGAGGCGAACCUGUUGGCCAAAUUAGCUUAUGAGAAGAAAGAAG